AUGUUGAGGACUGUUGCGCUUCGCUCGCGGGCGCAGCAGCGUGGCGCACUGGAUGUGCUGAAGGUGGAGAGCCACUGGCAAGCAGUGGAGAAGAGUAUCGCCGCCACUGCUGCCGCUGCUGCCACUGAUGGUGUUACACCCUCUGAUGCUGCUGCUGCUGCUGCUGCUGCUGCUUCAACGACCAAGGCACCCAGCAUCGACAGCAGCCAUUACAACAACAACAACAACAGCAGCAGCAGCAGCAUCAACAACAACAACAACAACGACGACGACUGCAGCAUCAGCAGCAGGCAUGGCCACCGUGAUUCGGCAGCGGAGGUUGAUAAUCGCUUCGUCAUGAUGUUCCCCCCACCGAACGUGACAGGAAGUCUGCACCUUGGCCAUGCGCUGACCAUCGCUGUGCAGGAUGCGCUUGCAAGGUGGUCGCGCAUGCGGGGCCUCGAGACCACAUGGGUGCCUGGCGUGGAUCACGCAGGCAUUGCAACGCAGACGGUCGUGGAGAAGCAGGUCCACAAGCAGGAAGGGCUGACGCGCCACGACCUGGGCCGGGACGCGUUCUUGGGUCGCGUGUGGCAGUGGAAGGAGGACAGGGCUCACGACAUCCUUGAGCAGGCACGUGGUGCCGUGCAUCGCAUGGGCGCGUCAUUGGACUGGUCAAGGAUGGUCUUCACCCUGGAUGACAAGUUUACGCGUGCCACCAAGACGGCGUUUGUGCGCCUGUUUGACCGUGGCCUCAUCCAGCGGCGGAACCACUGCAUCAACUGGUCAUGCACCCUGCAGUCCGCCAUCUCAGACAUGGAGGUUGACUCGCUCCCUGUGGAGGGUCGCACGUCCAUAACCGUUCCCGGAUACAACCGCCCUGUUGUUGUUGGACAGAUGUACGACGUGUUCUUCCCCCUCGCCGAUGACCCAACAGGCGAGCAGGGUGUGGUUGUGAGCACGACGCGACCGGAGACGAUGCCUGGCGACGUUGCUGUUGCCGUCCAUCCAGACGACCCAAGAUACGUUCAUCUCCACAACAGGCACCUCCGCCACCCGCUCACAGGCGCUGCUGUUCCCGUCAUCACGGACUCGCUCCUCGUCGAUCCCGCGCUCGGCACGGGCGCCGUCAAGAUCACGCCAGCGCACGAUCCAAACGACCACGAAGCGGGCCUGCGACACAACCUCCCCUCCAUUCAGGUGAUGGACAAGAGCGGGCACAUGGACUGUCCGGAACUGCCGUCCAUCCACGGGCAGCACCGAUUCGAUGCGCGAAUAACAGUCCUGAAGGCGCUGGAGGAGAGCGGACACUUGAGGCAAACACGCGACCACAAGACGACCGUGCCGGUGUGCAGCCGGAGCGGAGAUGUCAUUGAGCCGCUCGUGUGUCCGCAGUGGUUCCUCGACUGCACCAACAUGGCCGAGAAAGCGUUGUCGGAAUAUCGGUCCGGAAAUCUUCAGUUCCAUCCUGCACGGAUGGGCGAGAGCUUUGAGCGGUGGCUGUCCUCCAUUCGCCCCUGGUGCAUUUCACGCCAGCUGUGGUGGGGACACCGCAUCCCCGCAUACCACGCAACGUGGAAGGUCGGCCAAUCCAAUACGCCUGUUUGUGACUGGGUUGCUGCGUGCGAUGAGAACGCCGCUCGACAACGCGCCGCACGGCACUUUGGCAUCAGCACCACCGACGACGACAACGACGACGACGAUGAUGAUGAUGAUGGACUGGUGGUGGUGCAAGAUGAAGAUGUGCUGGACACGUGGUUCUCGUCAGCGCUGUACCCGUUUGCUGCGUUUGGAUGGCCCGACACGAGCACGGAGGACUUUCGAUCCCACUACCCAACCAACGUCCUUGAAACCGGACACGACAUCCUCUUCUUCUGGGUUGCCCGCAUGGUCAUGCUUGGCCUGGAACUCACAGACACCCUCCCCUUCAAAGAGGUGGUGCUGCAUGCGAUGGUGCGCGACGCGAAAGGCCGCAAGAUGUCCAAGAGUCUCGGAAACGUCAUCGACCCUCUGGACGUCGUCUAUGGUAGCGCCCUCGCUGAAGAAAUGAUUGCAAAACUGCACAAGGGCAAUCUGGACGCGCGCGAACUCAAGGAGGCCACAGCAAACAUCGAGAAGGAGUUCCCAAAGGGCAUUCCAUCAUGUGGCGCAGAUGCGCUCAGAUUCGCCCUCUGCGCAUACACAACUCAAGGCCGAGACAUCAACUUGAACAUCAACCGGGUGGUUGCCGCCAAGUCGCUGUGCAACAAGUUGUGGAACGCCGUCGGAUAUGUGAACAGCAAACUACCAGCAGGCGGUGGCAGUACGCCGUCUGCACCCAAUCGCCAUCACCGCAUGAAUGUUUGGAUUGUGCAGCAGCUGCACGCCACCGCCCGUGUCGUGGACGCGGGUUUCAGGACGUUUGACUUUGCUGCCGUGACAACAGCACUGCACGACUUUUGGAUCAAAUCCUACUGUGACGUCUACCUCGAAUGGACCAAAGCAGUGCUGAGUGACGCAUCUAUGUCUGAGCAGCACGACGCGACGCUGUCCACGCUUGUGCACACCGCACGCUGCGCACUCACCCUGCUCGCCCCGAUCAUGCCACACAUCGCACAGGAGCUCUACACACAGCUGCCAAGGCACGAGGAUGACCCAGACCACUUGAUCUUCGGGCCAUUCGUGCAACCACCACGUGAUGACACCCCUGCAUCAUCAUCAUCAUCAACGUCAUCAUCAUCACCAUCAUCAUCACCAUCGUCAUCAUCAUCAUCCGAUGGUGCGGUGGUGCGUGAGGUCGACGAUGUGUUGGCGCUCGUCUCGUCUGUGCGCAGCUGUCCACUCGUGCAGCGCUACCAGGGGCCGGCCGCCCAGCGGCCGCGUGCGCUGAUCGUCUGUACAGAUCCGGCCGACACCACAGACUGGCAGCACUACCGUCACGUUCUCCUGUCGCUGUGCACCAUUCGCGACGUCUCGUUUGUGUCUUCCAAUGACAUUCCGUCAACUGCACUCGCGUUGCCAACCACCAGUCCGCGCCACAAGGUGUUUGUUGAACUGUAUGCGCUGCCCUCGGAAGGUGCCAUCAACAAAGAAAUUGCCCAACUCAACAAGAAGAUGGCGAAGGACGCCAAGCGGUUACAACAGCUGCGAACUUCAAUGCAGCGAGAUGGAUAUGCCGACAGAACACCGCCAGAUGUGCAGCUGUCACAUCGUGAGCAAGAGUCUCGGCUGGCGGCACAGGUCAGCAGCGGAGAGACAGCGGUGCACAUGUACACGCAGCUCCUGCAGUCGGUGAGAGGUCGUCAACAACAGUAG